AUGAUAUACGAAGAUCACGAUUUAGGAGAAUCCGCAAGUCGGCGAGUGAGUUAUCAUUGUACAACAGAUUAUGCCAAAUCUUCCAAAUCAAAAUGUCGACAAUGCAAUCGAACUAUUGAUCAAAAUGAGCUGCGUCUAGCUCUGAUGCUUCAAGACGACGAAGGCUAUAAAAAUACGGCUUGGAUGCACUUCGAUUGCUUUUGGAAACAUCCUGAAACAGAAAAACUCGAUGGUAUUCACGAAAUUCACGCUUUCUCUAAGCUCAAACCUGAAGAUCAAGAGAGAAUAUCAACGUCAUUUGAAAAGUUGAAGACAGAUGGGAAGAUAGGAAAAAGAAGAAGGACGACAAAGAAGAAAAAUAAUGAUGAUGACGAUGAUAAUGAGUAUGACGACGAAGAUUUCGUACCAAAAAGUAUAUCGAAAGCGAAAAAAGGAACAAAGAAGAGUACGACAACAACAACAACAAAUAAAAGAAAACGUCAAGCAGACGAUGAUUGA